ACCAAUACAGGAGAAGCUCUAAAAACGAUGAGAGAAGAGAUGUUCACGGCUGUUCACGGUGACCGACCGGAAGUCCCAAACGUCGCACUUCUAAUCACCGACGGCAAUUCCCAGCAAGGAGAGAUCACAAAAAUUCAGGCAAAGAUAAGCAAGGAGGCGGGCAUUCACAUCUUUGCCAUUGGCAUUGGAAAAGUUCACCUCUCAGAACUAAUUAACAUCGCCAGCGGACCACCUGAGGAGAAUGUGUUUUCUUUCAGUGAAUUUGAGGAGCUGCAGAACUCGAAAGAUAGAAUCUGCUCAACCCUUUCUAAGCGCACGUUAUUAAAAAACUUCAGAUUGACUACACCUAUUUCUUUGCCAUCACCCGGGACUGUUGCACGUAUGGUUCAAGGAAACAAGACAGACCAGAAGUUGUCAUCAGGACGAUUAGAAAUUGUUUACGAUGGAAUUUGGAAGACAGUGUGCAGAGAAAAAUUUGGAAACAAUGAAGCUCAGGUCGCCUGCAGGAUGCUUGGAUUUAACAGCUCUAAAGCCAUAGCUGUGAGUUCAAUGUUCGAAGCAGGUUCAGAUGCAAUUUUGCCUUUUCACCUGAAGUGUAAAGGCAAUGAAGCUAGCCUGAUGCAGUGCCUUAAAAUUAAAUGUUCGGAAUUUGACUGCACACAUCUGGAGGAUGUUGAAAUCAUCUGUAACGCUGCUGAGAAGAUAAAAUUUCGUUUAAUGAACAAGAAGAAGAGUGUGGGGCGGCUACAAAUAUAUUUUAAUGGGCAUUGGAACACUGUCUGCGGAACGAGAUUUGGGAAAACAGGCGCGAAGGUGGUCUGUGGGAUGUUAGGAUUCAACAGCACGGAAGCAGCAGCAAAAAUAUAUCGCAGGAGUUUAGGCAACAGUGUGAACAUGUCUCUAAGCUGCCAUGGAGAAGAAAGCAGUCUUGAUGAGUGCAUCGAGACAAUUUACUACAACUACAGCUGUAAAGAGGAACUUGGUGUCAUGUGCAUUUUGAACGUUGAGCUGAAAGCUCGAUUGGCUGGUCGUACAUCAGAAGGCGGGCGAUUAGAAAUAUUUUUCGAGGAGGACUGGAAAACCGUGUGUGGAGAUGAUUUUGGAACGAAUGAAGCGCAGGUAGUCUGCAGGAUGCUCGGAUUCAGCAGCGAUGAUGCAGCAGUUGUACCUUCAGCUGUAUACGGAAAAGGUACAGGUGGCACUCUGCCUAUUUACUUCAAGUGUCAGGGAACAGAAAAGAACCUGAAAGAGUGCAUCGAUACGAUGUAUUUCAACCACAGAUGCAGUCAUUCAGAGGAUCAUGGUAUCACAUGCAACAACAAGAUACAGCUUAAAGCACGUUUGAUGAGUGGGACGGCACCAUGGAAUGGCCGAUUAGAAAUCCUGUUCCAUGGAAUCUGGAGCACAGUUUGCGACACUGGCUUUGGAAAUGAAGAGGCGAUUGUGGCCUGUAAAAUGCUUGGGUUUAACAGCUCUCAAGUGGUUGUAGUGAAGUCAAAUUUUUAUGAGAAAGGCUCGGGUAGCAUUCUGCUUGACAACGUAGACUGCCAGGGGAAUGAGUCCAGACUAGAGCAAUGUGAACAUUCCACAUAUUACAACACCGGAUGCCAGCAUGAUAACGACGUUGGUAUCAUAUGCUUAAUAAGAGGAAUUGCACAGUCGCCUCAUGUGAAAACCAAAGUAGGGGAGGCAAGCACGAUUUUCAUGCCUCUUGUCAGCAGCUUUCAGGCGAGUAUAUUACAUUUUUAUUCUAUGUAUAUAGAUUAUUAGCAGUAGGAAUUUUGUAAAAUCCGCGAAAUUAAUUGUGGAUACAAUAGACAUGAAGUAGAAAAUAAAAGUGAUAGGUACUGUCACGUGUUAUGUACAAAGAUAGUGCGCCGGAGAUGUUUCCAAAAACGUUAUUUUAAAUGUGUGUUGAUAUCUAGCAAGAUGUAUUUAAAAGGAAAAGUAGCAAACAGCCAUUUGUUUAAAAAAUUGCAUUUUACUAAUUUAUAAAUAUCUAUAUUAGUAUGUAUUUAAGUUGUAAUGGAUUGCAGAUAAAAUCGAGUGAUCAGGCAAAUGAGUCUAACUCAGCUUUCCAUUUAAUAAAUUUGUUAUUUCAGGCUUUCAUAGUAAAAUUCCCACUUUACAUUUUUUCAGAAACGAUGGCUCUGGAGGCUGGAGUAGAAAAAAAAAUAGAGCUCGAACCUGUAAAAACAUCAAGGCCCAGAACGUUUAUAUUCUGACAUUACCUUCUUCACACGGUUGUUUAAAGCAAAGUAACCUAGGCGCAUUCCUGCUUCAAGAUGCAUCUGUAUCCUUUUUGGAGAUGUCGUCAUGUUAUCAAC